UCCCGGUUGCGUCAUUAUCAAAACCUUUUACCCUUCCCUCUAUAAAAUGUUGCUCUCAAUCAUUCACACUUUGGUUCUGUGAUUCACUUAAAUUAAAACAACAAGAUGGAAGGAGGUGUAGUAGAAAGCGAUGUGUCAGCUUUCAGAGAAUGUUUGUCACUGUCGUGGAAAAAUCCUUAUGUUCUUCGUCUUGCUUUCUCUGCUGGAAUUGGUGGCUUUCUCUUUGGCUAUGACACUGGAGUCAUAUCUGGAGCGUUAUUAUAUAUCAGAGAUGAUUUCAAAGCUGUUGAUACAAACACGUGGCUCCAGGAAGCCAUUGUGAGUAUGGCUCUUGCUGGAGCAAUCAUAGGAGCUGCAGUUGGUGGAUGGAUUAACGAUCGAUUUGGAAGGAAAAAAGCAAUUUUAAUUGCAGAUAGCCUCUUUUUUAUUGGCUCUGCAAUAAUGGCUGCUGCAACAGAUCCGUCUAUUGUUGGCAGAGUUUUUGUCGGCUUAGGUGUUGGAAUGGCUUCAAUGACAUCUCCAUUAUACAUCUCAGAAGCUUCUCCAACUAGAGUUCGAGGUGCCUUAGUUAGUCUCAAUGGAUUUCUCAUAACUGGAGGACAAUUCCUCUCCUACCUCAUCAACUUGGCAUUCACAAAAACACCAGGAACAUGGAGGUGGAUGUUAGGAGUAGCAGCAGUACCAGCUCUGAUACAAAUUACACUGAUGAUUAUGCUACCAGAAUCGCCGCGUUGGUUGUUUCGAAAGGGAAGAGAAGAAGAAGCUAAAGCAAUUUUAAGGAGGAUUUAUUCACCAGAAGAAGUUGAAGCUGAAAUUAACACUUUGAAGGAGUCAGUUGAACUAGAAAUCAAGGAAGCAGAAUCUUCUGAUAAAGUCAGCAUAAUCAAGAUGUUGAAAACUAAAACAGUGAGAAGAGGUUUAUAUGCAGGAAUGGGACUUCAAAUUUUCCAACAGUUUGUGGGAAUUAAUACUGUGAUGUAUUAUAGUCCAGCCAUUAUUCAGUUAGCUGGUUUUGCAUCCAACAGAACAGCACUUCUUCUGUCACUUGUUACAUCUGGAUUGAAUGCGUUUGGAUCAAUCUUGAGCAUAUACUUUAUAGAUAAGACAGGAAGGAAAAAACUUCUGUUGUUCAGUUUGUCUGGUGUUGUUUUGUCCCUUGUUGUUUUGACUGUUGUGUUCCAUCAGAGUGCCACUCAUUCGCCAAUGAUUAGCGGGGUCGAAACCUCUCAUUUCAAUAAUACUUGCCCUGAUUAUAGUGCUGCUUUGAACCCUGGUGGAUGGGAUUGUAUGAAGUGCCUUAAGGCUUCUCCAGAAUGUGGAUUUUGUGCUUCAGGAGCUAAUAAGCUUCUCCCUGGAGCAUGUUUAAUAUCCAAUGACAGCACAAAGGAUGAGUGUCAUAAAGAGGAGAGGUUAUGGUACACAAGAGGGUGUCCUAGUAAAUUUGGAUGGCUUGCAAUAAUAGGCUUAGCACUCUACAUCAUAUUCUUCUCACCUGGGAUGGGAACUGUUCCAUGGGUUGUUAACUCUGAGAUUUAUCCUUUAAGAUAUAGAGGAAUUUGUGGAGGAAUGGCAUCUACAUCCAAUUGGGUCUCAAAUCUUAUUGUUGCUCAAUCCUUUCUAUCUUUGACACAAGCUAUUGGAGUUUCAUGGACAUUCAUGAUAUUUAUCUUCAUCACUGUUGCAGCUAUUAUCUUUGUUAUUAUCUUUGUUCCAGAAACUAAAGGACUUCCAAUGGAAGAGGUGGAGAAAAUGUUGGAAACAAGAUCUCUUAAUUUCAAGUUUUGGCAGAGAAAUUCUGAUUCUCGAGAAGUGUUGACACAGAAGACUCGGUCAAUUUAAGUUAAUUGUGUUGUAUAACGAUGUAUGAUAGAAUAUAACUAAACAACUAUUUGGUUCCGGUUAAUACAAAUGUCAUAAAAUAGUCAAAUGUGGAUAGUGUCAAUGAAAAAGGGGAUUUAUAUGUGUGUACAAUAUGGUGUAACAAAUUAUUACGAGUAAAUUGUUAUGUUUUAGUACAAUUUAAUUAA